AACAGACGGUUAGUAUUUGGUUUUCUCCACUAUCAACUAUACAUUGACAACAACGUAUGCAAAUUUUUUUCCCUAAGAAUCAUCAACAAAUGUAGAUUUUUUUUUUUGAGAAUAACAGACGUAGAGUAAAUAGGAAGGGAAAAUAAAUAUCCCAAAGGCCCAACAAACCCAACCAAUCUGAACUAUCCAAUACUCCACAAACGAAGCCCAAAUAAAACACCAAACAAGCCCAACGGUAUUCUCCUCGGCCGAAACCUCCCCGAGCCCCGAUGCUCCGUCGCAUCGCCGCGCUCCGGCCGCCGCCGCCAACGACGACGCGCGCGGCAGCGCCCGUGGGUGAGGCCGGCGCCGGGGCCAGCUACUCCUCCAAAUCCACCUCUCUUCCCCAGAAGCAGCAGCGCGUCCGCGACCAUGCCUUCGACGGCAUCAUGGAGGUCCAGAAGCGCGUCCGCCGCUUCCUCGCGCUCAACGCCUUGCUCCUCUACGCCGCAUCCCCCACCGCCUUCUCCUCCUCCCCAGGAGGGGAGAGCGGCGCCGGCGCGGUGUCCGUGCCCUUCUCCCGCCUCGGAGCCCUCUCGCGCCGCCAGCUCCGCCUCAAGCCGCUCGACGCCGGCCACUUCAUGCUGCGCCACCCGCACGCCUUCCACCUCUUCCUCCACCCCGUCCACCGCAUCCUCCACGCCCGCCUCACCCCGCGCGCCGCCGCGGCGCUGCGCCUCGAGGCCGACGCCAUCGCCUCCUCGCGCCCCGCCGCCGUCCUCCGCCUCCGCAAGCUGCUUCUCCUCGCGCCCCCGCACCACCGUCUCCGCCUCGAGCACAUCCGCCUCCUCCGCCGCGACUUCGGCCUCCCCGACGACUUCGCCGACUCCAUCAUCCUGUCCAACCCCGCCCUUUUCCGGCUCACCCCUGACCAGUUCGUCGAGUUUGUCCCCUCCCCCACCACCGACCCACCCGACCUCACCGUCGCCGCCGUCGAGCGCUCCCGGGAGCGGCACUAUCGCGAGCACCGCUCUCCUGGCGCCGGCGAGGAGGACGCGCGCUUCGCGUUCCCCACCCGGUUCCCCCCGGGAUUUAAGAUCGGCAAGUAUUUCCGCAUUGCUGUCUGGAAAUGGCAGCGCCUCCCCUACGCGUCCCCGUACGCCGAUGUCUCUGGCCACGACCUGCGCUCGCUCGAGGCGAAACGCCGCAUGGAGAAGCGUGCCGUCGCGGCUGUCCAUGAGCUGCUCUCUCUCACUGUUGAGAAGCGUACCACCCUGGAGCGUCUUGCACUCUUCCGCGACGCCCUUGGUGUGCCCAAGAAGAUUAAGGAGUUCUUGCUCAAGUACCAGGGCAUAUUUUACAUAUCCACGAGGGGAAACCAAGGAAAGCUGCACACGGUGUUUCUCCGGGAGGCGUACUACAAAGGGGAGCUCGUUGAGGCCAAUGAGAUAUCUGCUGCAAGGCGGAAGCUGGAGGAGUUGCUCUUGAUGAGCCGAGAGAAGGCGAAUCUGGACAGGAUGUUCACCAGCAUGGGUCGUGGAUGGGACGAGCUUGGCGGUGGUCGUCGUGGAGGAGAAGAAUUAAGGGAGAAGUUUCUUGGGGAUGCAAGUGGCCGAAAAAGGAAAAUUGGUGCUGAAGAUGACGACGAUGAUGCCGACAGUGGGGAGGACUCAGGAGUUGAGUCGCUCUACAUUGAAUGAGGAACACAAUCAUAUGAUGUCACUGAAUGUCAUCUUAGGAAGCUUGGCUUCUGAAACUGGCAUGGGUACCGUUUGGGAAGAUUGAUUUCUCAUACCAGAUUCAACAUCAUGGCUUAGUGAUCUUGAUUGAUGAGAAAAUGCUACAUUGUGAGGUCAAAAUUGGAGUGUGGAAUCUCACGGUAAAACUGAUGAGACUGUGAAAUAUGAAUUGCGGACUGAUGACCCGGAUUACUACCAUUCAUCUGCACCAAACUGGCUGAUUGCCGCGAUGGAGCAAAGACAUAGGCAGAACAGCUCCUUUCUGCUCCCAAGCUAAUUUGUUGGAGUACCGUGAGGAGCGUCGCCUUAAGGAUCUGGUGAAGGAACACCGGAUCGUAGUAUCUUCUGCUACUUGUGCCAUUUUGCGUGCUAUUACCUCUAUUCGACUUUUGUUGUGAGCAAGUACAACAUUUGCACAAACUUGGUUGGGUUCUGUAAAUGUAAAAGCACAGUACAACGGACAUACUUGGUUGCGUGAGCGCAAAAGUAGUUACGAGCUAUGGUUUGUGACUAUUACUUUUGAACAUAUAUAUAUGUAUACACCUUAUAUUCUUUCGAAUAUAUUAAUGGCAAUGUUGCUCGAAAGAAA